UGAGUAACGCAAUGAAUCUGCUGAUCAGUAUGUUGCAAUCGUAUGAUGUAAGAGAGGAAACUCUUUCCUCAGUUUGGACUUUUGACUCUCGCUAUUGCAGUAUUUAACAGGGUUGAAGUUGGCUCUAUUUUAGUCCAACAGAUGUGCUCGGUAGAUGAUUUUAUUUCGAAAUGGCAACCCCUGCGAAUCGCUUGACACUACACCGUGUGUCUCGAUUUAUCAGUCGGCAGAGGCCGAACUUUUGGAAUACUUUAAGUAAAGGUGAUGUUCAACAGGGUUUUAAAAGGCAUUUGUCCUAUUUGAACCCAAAGGUUGUUACACAAGCAUCAUAUUUGAACUGUAAUUUUGGCGCAUUACCGCACUGGUUGAAGGUUAUUAGAGGUCACACUACGAAUCACCCAUUAUCUGUCACUGAUAAGUCCUCAGGGCGUCGGCUUUAUAGUAGUACUGUGAAACAACACUGCUAACAGGAUUUAUUAACAACUGAAAAAGUAGAAAAGAGUAAUCAAAUGGCAGACACGGAACCAUACAUUUACUCUGCUCCCAAUGACACUUGGACUGUGGAAUCUCGUGACUUGUAUAAAAGACUCAAAAAUGACUUGGCUGAAAAUGGAAAUGGCGACUGGCUUGAACAUGAGACCACUUUACAUCACGGUGAAAGAAGGCUUUUCACUAAAGCGUUAAUCAAUGAAUAUCCAGGGAAAUUCUUUGAGUACAUAUAUUUCUUCAGAAAAAAUGAAAAGAGGGUGAAAGGAGUAAUUCAGUUUGGAUCAUAUACUCAGGGACCACCAGGAUGUGUUCAUGGUGGUGCUAGUGCUACCAUGAUGGAUUCUGUCAUCGGUGUUUGUGUUAACAAGUGGUAUCCUGGUUGUGUGACAGCUUCUUUGACCAUGAAUUAUAAAAGUCUUCUUCCCCUUGGUGCGACUGCUCUUGUUGAAUCUUGGGUUGACAAAGUGGAAGGAAGAAAGGUUUAUGCUUUGGCGGAAUUAAGAUCUCCAGAUGGCAAAGUGUUCUAUAGUUCGGCCAGUGCGUUGUUUAUUCAACUGCAGCCCCAGGGUGAAAAUGCUGAUAAAUGGAAAAAUUCAUUCAGUGACAAAAAAUGACAUUGAACAGUUUUGCAUCAUCUUUGAUGAGGAUCUGCAAGUACAUGUAUCUUUGCUAAAUUACCUCAUUCAAAAAGUGGUUCUAGUGGACAUAUGAUUGGAAUCGGCUCAUUAUACUGCAGUCGGAUAGUUGAGUUGUUUUUGGUUGAUUUUCUAGUAAGAUCAUGUAUACAUAUUUAUUUCAAAAUUCCUAAAACAGAGGCGUUGGCUUCUAUUAAUUCGUAAAUAAUACGAAGCAUAAAUGACGUUAAUCAUAGAAAAAAUGUUAAUCAGUUAGCAAGGGUCCAACCCAUGUUGUUGAAGGUGUUUCCCAAACUUAUGGAUAAAAAAAUAAUAUUUAUCAUUA